ACUUACAUGUUAACCUAUGGUAUUAUUGAGUUAAAUUUUUGUUUACUGUAAUGUAUGGAGUAAGUGAUUUCGAAUUUUUGAAUGCUCCUUUAAAAAUUUAAAACGGGGAAACAUAGGGUAAUAUUUUGCUUUUUAGGGUACAGGAACAUAACCAUAUUUGGUAAUGGUAAUAGUAAUUUUCUAGAGUAUGUUUUCAGUGUAAAACAAAAGUUAAACUUCUGAAAAUUGAGGCCUUUUCGGAACCACGAAGUUCGUGCGUAAUACGCUUGCAAGUCGCAGGGUCCUGGCAACUUGGAGCAGUAUGAAGUAGUUGUAGUUUUUUUGAUGGCAGCAAAGAAACAAGAAGCAAUUCUGAAAGGAUUCCAGGUCAACUGGAUGAACCUCAGGGAUGCAGACUCAGGCAAGAUCCUGUGGCAAGGAUACUCCGACGUGUCGCUGCCCACCGUGGAGCACGAAGCACGUGUCCCCAAGAGCAUCCUGCAGUGCCGUGCGGUCUCCCGCGAGAUCAACUUCUCCUCCGUGGAGCCCAUGGAGAAGUUCCGGUUGGAACAGAAGGUGCUGUUCAAGGGGCGAUCUCUGGAGGAGUGGUUCUUUGAGUUUGGCUUCGUCAUCCCCAACUCCACCAACACGUGGCAGUCGCUAAUAGAGGCAGCCCCGGAGUCCCAGAUGAUGCCUGCCCAAGUGCUCAAUGGCAACGUAGUGAUCGAGACCAAGUUCUUCGAUGACGACCUCCUCAUCUCCACGUCGAGUGUACGGUUGUACUACGUGUGAUGAAGCACAGGCGCGGUGUCACCCAGCACCAAGUAGCAGCAACGCACGUCUCACCAACCAUCACCAAGUGCUAAUUGAAGACUUUACCUGUGUGGACAUCUCACCAAGUUAUACUAAAGCACACAUGCAUUCAAACAAUGUGCAGGUGUAGAUGUCAGUGUUAUAAUUUAUAAAAAACGUUCUAUGUUUUGUAUUUCACAAAUAAGCUAGUGGAUUUCUGGAGACUUCUGUUAUUUGUUACAAUAAAGUCAACACCAUUGACACAUAA